AUGCGUGGCGAACGCGAGGGAGCCGCGUCGCCGUGGGCCGUGCCCGCGGGGCACGCUGUCGACGAGCCAUCGCCCAGCCAGGAGAUGGAGGUGGGAUCGGUGCGCUCGAACCUCUCCGGCAUACUUGUCGGCGAGUUUCUCGGCGCGCACCGCCAGCCGUCCGGCGCCCGUGCGGAGGAGGGCGCGCCUCUCCUGGCGGAGGCGCCAGCGCCUGCCCACAAGUUUGUGCAGCCGUCUAUCUCGAGCAUGGGCAAUGCUUCUGGGUACGGCACGAUCCGCCCCCCAUCGCACACCGUGUGGACCGAGGCGGCCGAGGAAGAGGAAGACGAGACAGCCGCCACGGAGCGGGCCCUCUUCCACCAAGAGUUGCGCACCAUCUUCCGCUUCACUGUGCCUGUGGCGGCUACGCAUCUGCUUGAGCUGAGUCUGUCUGUCGUCUCCGUGCUGAGCCUCGGCCACCUCGGCACGGUCGAGCUCGCCGCGGCGUCGCUCGCUGGUAUGACGGCCAAUGUCACCGGUUUUAGCGUGCUCAGCGGCCUCAUCUCCGCGCUCGAUACGCUGCUGCCCGCCUCGUAUACGCGCAGCCCACGCAUGAUGGGCCUCUGGACGCAGCGCGUCGGCGUCAUGAUCGCGCUAACGCUUCCAUGGAUCAUUUUGCUGUGGCUCAACGCCGAGCGCUUCCUACUCCUGUUGGGCCAGGAGCCUGCCAUCGCACACAAGGCCCGCCAAUUCCUCUCCGUACUGUCUCUCGGACUCCCUGGACACGCCAUCUUUGAGCUGAGUCGUCGGUUCCUGCAGGCCCAGGGACUCAUGCAUGCACCGACCGUGGUGCUCCUCGUCGUGUCGCCGAUCAAUGCGCUCGCCAACUACCUGCUCGUAUGGGGCCCACCGUCGAUCCGGUUCGGCUUUUUAGGCGCCCCGCUCGCGAGCGCCAUCUCCAUGUGGCUCAUGGCCCUCUUGUGCACGCUGCAGUGCAUGCUCGUUUCGCACGGCACCUGGGACGGCUGGUCCUGGCAAGCGUGGGACCGCGCGGGGCUGAAAACAUGCUUCCGGCUGGGUCUCGCGGGGCUGCUCAGCCUUGCGUCCGAGUGGUGGGCGUGGGAGAUCGUGGGCCUCGUCACGGCCGCCCUGGGAACCACCGCGCUCGCAUCGCAGUCCGUGCUCCUCAUCACGUCGUCCGUCACGUAUCAGCUGCCCUAUGGCGCGGCUGUGGCCGCCUCGGUGCGCGUCGGUAAUGUCCUUGGUGCAGGCCAUGCACUUCAUGCGCGGCUCGCGAGCGAUGCCGCGAUCUUCGUGUCGGUGCUGAUCGGCCUGUUCAAUUCGUCCGUGGUGUUCUUCACGCGCCGGCACCUCGGCUUCCUCUUCAGCAGCGAUCCCGGCGUCGUCCAAAUGGUCGCUUCAGUGCUGCCGAUCGUGGCUAUCUUCCAGUGUGCCGACUGCAUUGCGGGCAUUGUGGGCGGUAUCCUGCGGGGCUGCGGGCGACAGACCCUGAGCGCGGCUAUCAACUUGACGGCGUACUAUGUGGCAGGCAUCCCCGUGAGCCUGUUCCUCGCCUUCGGGCCGCCCCAGCUCGGCCUCGCGGGCCUCUGGUGGGGACUCACUGCAGCGCUUUUGUAUGCCGCGAUACUGUCCCUCUGGUUUGUGCGCCGCACGCACUGGGAGUCCAUCAUGCACCAUGUUCACCAGACCAUGCAUGCAGGCACAGUCGAAGCCUAG